CCACAGCUGCGGGCCGCUCGAAGCCUUUCGGAAGCCGCCGCCACCGGCAUGGCGCUCACCACGGAGUCCAAGGCGGCGAAGUCGGCCAACCCGUUCUCUAUUUCGAGCAUCCUGAGUCGCAGCGAGCCCAAGCGCCAGCCGCCGCUGCUCUGCUGGGAACCCGGCCUACUCGCCAAGCCCACGCCGUGGUACCCGUGGGUCAGGCCCGCUCUGCCGAGCACGGGAUCGCCGCCUCCCUCGCGGCCCGAGCCGUCCACGAGCGCCGGCAGCAGCAGCAGCCGCGGGAGUCCGGACCUUCCUUCGGGUUCGGCGGACGGCGACGACCACAAGGGCGGCAGCAAGCAGCAGCAGCAGCAGCAGGCGGCCGCGGCGGCCGCGGCGCAGCAGCGGCGCAAGAAGAAGACGCGGACGGUUUUUACACGCAGCCAGGUGUUCCAACUGGAGUCCACCUUCGACAUGAAGCGGUACCUGUCGAGCUCGGAGCGGGCGGGCCUGGCCGCCUCGCUUCAGCUCACCGAGACACAGGUGAAGAUCUGGUUCCAGAACCGGCGCAACAAGUGGAAGCGCCAGCUGGCGGCCGAGCUCGAGGCGGCCAACCUGGCCCAGCAGCGUAUGGUACGGCUGCCAGCCGCCGCGGCUGUCCUCUACGAGUCGGCCGCGCAGGACGCGGCCGCGGCCCUCGGCCCCUUCUACUACCCGGGGGGACCGCCGCCUCCGCCGCUGUGAAGGAGGCUCCGCCGCAGCGUGUACAUAGACCCCUCCGCCUCUUUUUUGUACCUCCCUCC